AUGGCGCCGUUUUGGUCCCGCAUUAUUAUUGGUCUUCAUCAGUGAGUCGACGGUCUAGACGUCGAUGCUACUCUCUUCGCUGAGGACAUCAGAUUGUGGAACGUUGUUCCUAGCACGCCAGUCAAAUGCCACUUGCAAGCUAACUUGUACCAGCUUGAGAAUCGGUCGAAUCGCUGGCGUAUAACCUUCUUCAAGUUAAUAAUUGCAAAGUCUGCAACCCAAGGACUUACCUUCUAACAGAUUGACCACGACAAUUAUUUGACAUUCAAAAUGACUUGGGUGACUGGAUCACUUCUGUUCAAACCAACACUAAACUAUACGAAGGCGCUGAGUCGGCUGUGUCUUCAUUACAACUCAUAAGGAGUACCCUUACGGAAGUUGACGAACACAGUUUCUACAAAAUAUUAGGAACAUUAUUGCGGCCGCAUCUGCAGUAUGCUGUACAGGCGUAGCGACCUUGUACUGUCAAUGACUUUAACGUCUUACUGAAGGUCCGGAGGCGAGCGAGAACAAAUAUUAAGAGUUUGGGGUCGCCUUCCCUGAGAAAACUGCCGGUUGGCUCUGAACCCUUCUCCCUUCCGACAGGCAGGUACAAGAGCACCUCAUACAAACAUUCCGCAUUAUGAAUGGACUGGGUCGUUGCUUAAGCCCUGAUGAUUUUUAGUUUAGACUGCCACACACUGUGUGCGUUCUUAUCCCCUCAAACUACGCCUACGAAAAGCAUGGAGUUGUGUCUGCAAAUGUUUAUGGUCACAGACUGGUCACACGGUGGAACGUCUCAUCCACAGUUGUUACCGACUUCUCAUGUGUGGAUUAAUUCAAGACUAUGUUGCACCUAACUCUUCCGCAGCUCUCACAUGUCAUGAGUUCGUUUUCAAAUUAAUCUGCUACUAUCUUACUCGCAACUGUUAAGUACAGUUAGCAUUUGUAUUUUCACAUACGUCGGCCAACAACUUGACUAGUUCACUAAGUUCACUAAGCCUCAGUUUUAGCAUUUUUAUGCAUGAAUGUUCACUUCGAUAUUUUGCAACCAGUCGGUAUAAAUGGCGUUAGCCUAUCCUUUCAUACUAAAACUGAAUUGAAGUGAAGUGAAAUAUCUAUCACAACGGUGGUAAAACACUGCCCUGAUGAUGUUGUUGAUGGUGAUGAUGACGGCGGCGGCGACGACGACGAUGAUGAUGAUGAUGAUGAUGAUGAUGAUGAUGAUGAUGAUGAUGAUGAUGAUGAUGAUGAUGAUGAUGAUGAUGAUGAUGAUGAUGAUGAUGAUGAUGAUGAUGAUGAUGAUGAUGAUGAUGAUGAUGAUGAUACAAUACACGAAGUACAGUAUCGUCUUUGGUCUGGCCUUAAUGUCAUGUUUUCACAGAUGCCUGGGAGCUGUUCCUGUCCCAUGUUCUGCUGA